AUGGUAAACUCAAGCACUGACUCAUCACACCGCAUCACUCAGCCACCAUCACCCCCAACCACCUCCACCCCCACCUCAGACAUGCAGCUCCCCAAGCACCUCCACCAUCCUCCCCAACCCCUCUCCAUCAACCUCAAACCCCAUCACCCUGGGACACCACCAUCCUCCCCAACCCUCUCCAUCAACCUCAAACCCCAUCACCCCGGGACACCCUGGGACACCACCAUCCUCCCCAACCCCUCUCCAUCAACCUUAAACCCCAUCACCCCUGCCACCACCGUCCUACCCAACCCUCUCCAUCAACCUCAAACCCCAUCACCCCUGGCCACCACCAUCCUCCCCAACCCUCUCCAUCAACCUCAAACCCCAUCACCCCUGGCCACCACCAUCCUACCCAACCCUCUCCAUCAACCUGAAACCCCAUCACCCCUGGCCACCACCAUCCUACCCAACCCUCUCCAUCAACCUGAAACCCCAUCACCCCUGGCCACCACCAUCCUACCCAACCCUCUCCAUCAACCUGAAACCCCAUCACCCCUGGCCACCACCAUCCUCCCCAACCCUCUCCAUCAACCUGAAACCCCAUCACCCCGGGACACCACCAUCAUCCCCAACCCUCUCCACGUCAACCUCAAACCCCAUCACCCCUGGCCACCACCAUCCUCCCCAACCCUCUCCAUGUCAACCUCCAUUCAGGCCAAUUCGUCCAUCAUCCCCAGGUAG